GGAAUAAGCUGCUUAGUUGUUGUUAAUAAUCAACAAUAAUAAUAGGAUCAUCUGAUUUAUCAUACCCCACUCACUAUCUUAAUAUAUAUAUAUAUAUAUAUAUACUUAUAUACACUUAUGUAAGUAUGCAGCGACCGCCAACUGCAUCGCCCGCGUCAGGCAGAGCAAUAUUAAGAGGACGCCACGCCGUGGUGCGGUCGAGGAUUAGUAGCCCGGAAGUUCGUGGAUCAGCCAUGGAGCUCACUGUUGCGAAUCUUAAUGCGCUAGAUAAGAGGUUUGUUACUCCAAUAAAAGCGUCCGAAGGCCGUUUAGAGCUGUCAUCGCGUUCUGACGCGAGGAAAUACCGAAGUCUUCGAUGCAGUGAUGUUGAAGAAACGAAGAUGUACAAUACUAGGGGAAAGGAGAAAGUUAGAGCGUUCAUAGAUAGCCUCGAGAGCACAGCACCACUUCCGGAUCCAUGCCCCCCCGUGAUCAGCGCACGGGAGCUCCUAGAAAAAGAAAUCCGUCAUGCCCCGCCCGAGCGCCUGCGGCAGAUGCUUUUGCAAACUCACGAUGCCUAUCUCGACGCACUAAACGAAAUGGCUACGAUGGAUGAAACGAUGGCAAAAAUGCGUCAAAAACUCUCUAUGGUGCAAUACAAACUCAGCUGUAGUGAGGAAGAGGUCGAGUUGGUCAAGGUGUAUCUUACAGACGCCGAGAAGCACAAUGAUAACCUACUUAGGGAAAAGAAAAAGGCUCUUCAGAAGCUUGCGAUUGCGAUGUCGAAGCUUGAAUCCCGCACUUGCCGCAGCAGGUGGGCGUGGCAGGAAGUCAUGGAACUCCAAAAAAGUCUGUAA